GGAUCACUCGUAAGACGAUUUCGAAAAUUUAAUACUGAGAUGAAGGAAGAAACCGGUCUUCCCUUAAGAUAUGGAGUCCAGAACGUUUUGCCGAUUUUAUUUGCAUACGAGGGUAUUAUUGCCAAUUUACGUUUUGAAGAUUGGAAGCCGAACUUUUCAUAAACUAUGGCAAACAGUCAAAUUAUAUUUGGCCAGUUCACCAAGUAUUGAAUCCGGGUUAAUGCUCUUUCUGAGGAUGUUGAAUUUGUAAUUAAGUUUAGCAAUCUCUAUAUGCUUUCGUUCUCUUACUACUGUGUAUUUUUUUCAUCAAACAAGAAAGUAAAACCCCUCAAUGCGCAUUCGUAAAGAAUGUUCUGUUGUCCAUUCUUUGUUUAGCUGGCGCUCACGAACUUCGCAACGUCAUGAAAGGAGAUUUGCCGUUCCCAUGGAAACCUUGAUUCGCUACCGCACCUGACAGAAGUUUGGACAAGACAACUGCCUGGUUGGGAAUCAAGACAAAAGAACAGCAAAAUAGACUUUUAUGUCAUGUCGGCAGGUGGAUUAAAAACAAUUUCUGAGUCGCCAGUUGACAGUUUGAGAGAUAGCGAUCAAUUCAGCAUAAAGGGAGAUGCUCUAAUGGAAGAAAGCGAAAACGAGGAAGCUCCAGGGACGACCGAAAGUGUCGGCGGUUUUUUUAUAAAACACGGAACUUUCAUGGGAACGGAAAACGAGCUUGCAGUCUCGCAAAACUCUGACGUAGCAGCAAGUGAUAGCGACUACGACACCGACCUUGAUACGGAAGAGCAUUCAGAAAAGUACGAUUCGACGGGAAGGAAGGUGUACCUGGCUGCCUGCAAAUGCUUGGACAUAACACCUGUGUCGUUCUUCUUGAAGAACAUCGAAGAAAAGCAUCUUGAUUUCAAACACCGACUGCUGGGGCCAAAAGGAGGAAGGGCUCUUGCAGCUGCUUUGGAGCUCAACACCACAUUAACCAGUUUAAACCUUCAUGAUAACUACUUAGAGGGAGAGGGUGGGUCGGCGAUUGCAGCGAUGCUGAAAGAAAACUGUUACAUCACAGAACUGGUAAGUAGUCAGGCUGAUAUAGAAAAGAGGCACGUACAGAAUGACAACAAAAAGCUACAAAACUUUCGUCGAUCUUCGGCAUCGUCAGCUUGUUUUUGUGAGAUAGGUAAAAGAGUUUUGUUGUUUUAUUAUUUUUAUUAUUUAAAGGGUAAUGAUAAGCUCACCUGGAUGAAUCUCAGCCACAACAAGUUCUCGGAGGAGUCUGGAGAAAAUCUAGGACUUGGAAUAAGUUUCAACGAUGCACUGGAGUACUUGGACCUGAGCUGGAAUCACAUUCGUCGAAAGGGUGCGAUUGAAAUUGCCAACGGGCUGAGGACGAAUUGCACUCUGAAGACGUUAAAUUUGUCGUUUAAUGGCUUCUCCAACGACGGAGCUGUUGCGUUGGGUGAAGCUAUUAGAGCGAAUAAUACACUGACGGAGCUGGACAUAAGCAACAACAGAAUAACAGCACAAGGUGCUCUGUGUAUCGCUAAAGGACUGGAGGGAAAUAACACACUGGAAGUUCUCAAGAUUGGAAGCAAUCCGAUCGACACUGUGGGAGCUUGUGCUAUUUUGGCAGCAGCGAAAAACUACUCUGAUAGCGCUUUAACAGAACUUCAUUUUAAGGAUGUAUAUCUAGACGAGGAGUUUGAGAAACUUCUGGAGGAAGUUCGUGAAGUCAAGCCGGACAUUCAAAUCAUAGCAAAUCUAAAGCCGGGUGUCAAAGAUCCACUCAGUGUCGUCAAAACCUUCAUCUCAAGUAAUCAAGAUCAGUGGCUGGAACUCUGUCAGCAGUUUGACUCUCAAGGCGUGGUUAAGAUUACAAGGACUGACUUUGUUAAAUGCCUGAAGAAAGCAGGCAUUGAGUUCGGAAUUGAACAAACUGCACGUCUACUGACGCGGCUUGACCCCAGGAAAGAAGGUCUUAUAAAUUAUACUCUUAGGUCUCCAAGCGGAUAUCGCGACCCUCAUGUGUUGAGCUAUGUUUUUCCUGUUGUGGACAGCCCAUGAAGCUUUGCCAGUCGGUAUAUCUAGAAGAAUGCCUUUGCUCAAGUCGUUUUUAGGAGUGAAGAGAUGAGGACAAUUUUUUGGGACUUGGCUAUAGAAUGGAGGAGCGAAUCCAAGGGGCCCAGCAAGCAGCCCAGCACUUUCCUCCUGACUCACUGCUGUGUGACGCGUUCAAAAGCGCAAAGAAUGACGGUCUUGAUGAGAUAAUUAUAAUAGCCAGUCUCAAUUCCCAACUGAACUUAAGGUCGAAGGACGCAUGUCCCGCUAUGGCUUUUUGGAGAAGAAUUCUCCAAGAAUUCUCCAUUUUGCAUUGGAGCUCGAUUUCAGGUCCAAUCAGUUGACGUUCCAACACUCAAUGACGCGAACUACCAUUUUCUGCAUUCAGUGAUAUGUUAAUAUUCCCGCGCAAAAAUUACGCGAGCAACUGUUAGAUAGAGGAAGCAGAAACAACAUUCAGUGGUUAAAUCUCGUCAAACUGACAUGGAAUACCGGUGAUAACUUCAAAAUGCUUUGGGACACGCUAAAACCAACACAGAAACUAACUAUGAAGACGAAGGUGAAUGCACAUAAAAAGAAAAAAAAAAUGGGCUCAAGAGCCAAAACAUACGUCACUCGAACGCGCGCUAAAUAAAAGGCAUGGUAUUUUGAUUCUCUUCAAAAGCUCUUGAAAUCUGUCUGUGAUCCAAAAUGUGCCAAGAACAUAUCGCAUAACCCACGGGGAAACUUUCGAGAUUUGUUUAUGCAGCUGAAUAUAUGAAUAAAAUAUGUCAAACGGA